AUGUCGAGAAAUUUCCUAAUACCCAGUCUGCCGACAUCACUCGUUGCAAUCUCAAACGCAAACUACAACAUGUCUGAUUCCGAGGCAGAAGGGGGUGUUCCCCUGAUUGAGCCCGAGUUUGACGCUCUCUCCACUUCGAAGAAGAGGAAGAGAGCUGGUGAGACGGAGGAGGGCCAUGACGACAAGAAAGCGCUCAAGAAGGCGAAGCGCAAGGAAAAGAAGAAGCAGAAGAUGAAGUCGAUCAAUGAAGACGAUCUCGAUGUAGAGUUGGGCGUCAAUCGUGCCUUUGAGAGAAUGGACAGCCAGUUGCUCGCGGACUACAUCAACUCGCGAACGCGAUUAUAUGGCAAAGAUCUGAGUUCGGUGGAGCUCGAAGAAUUGUUCGUGCCAUCACGAACGAUCAAAGACACCAGCAGCUGGAGUGAGCCACGCAAAUCGGACAGUUUAUCCGCAUUCUUGAAGAAGCAAUGCAAAAAGUUGGAGCCCACGCCUGACAAGCCCAAAGGCGCGCCGCACACGAUUGUGGUGACGGCGUCUGGAAUUCGUGCAGCCGACGUCGUCCGAUCACUAAAGACUGGGCUCCCCAAAGCAGGCAUCAAAGACCCAAACGUCGCAAAGCUGUUUGCCAAACACAUGAAGAUUGCCGAGCAAAUCCAACAACUCAAGAAACACAAGAUUGAUUACGGCGUCGGCACGCCAGAUAGAUUGUCUGCGCUGCUCGAUCAGGACGCUCUCUCGACGGCCAACUUGAAGCGAGUUGUGGUGGAUGCGUCGUACAUUGACCAGAAGAAGCGCGGCAUCCUCGACAUGAAGGAACUGCACGAACCGCUCAUCAAGUUACUUUUGCGGAAGGAGUUUGUGGGGGAUGAGGGCGACGGCAACGAGCUUUUUGUUUUCUACUGA